AUGCGAUGUCUUUUCCAUAUUCUCGGCGAUUUUGUAUUCCUUGGUGGCAUUAUCCUCCAUCUCUAUGCCUAUCUAUCGCCUGUUCCUUGGUUCUUGAACGAUACCACCUACGAGGAGCCUCCUGGCUAUACCCCACUGAACGACUGUGACGGUGGAGUGCUUCCCCGUUCCACUCUCCACAUCGUCAGUAAUUCACAGCCAUUGCCCCGGGACGAACCACUCUUGAGAUUCAAACGCUUUGCUGAGCCUUCUCUCGGAGUGGCGAAACGUGAAUCGAAUACUGCUAACUACUCUCAAGCGGCGAUAUGGAUAGGACCCCUUGGUUCAUGCAAUCGUGAUGUUGAUGGCAAAGUGUACUGCACUAAGCCCUCUUACUCAAACCCGCAAUACAAUUUGACCCACAUAACACAUAACAGUGUUUUCUACCCGUCAAUGAUGCCCGACGUAAUUAUCCAUCGUUGCAUAAUCUUGGCCACUCUCUCGCUUGACCUCGUGGGCUAUAUUCUAUCUAUCCUCGCUUCCGUCCCAUUCUGGUUUCCUGGACUCUAUAUCUCUCUCUGCGGGCCAAAUGACGUACGGGACCCAGUUCCCGUGGCAUCUGCCUGUGUUGUCGGUGGCUAUUUUAGAUUGUCACUUGGAACGCAGAAUUUCUUCAUUCGUGUCACCAGAAUCAACAAAUACAACACUGUCGGCCAUUUCUACGACAAUGCACCAUGUGGACAGCUUAGGACUCUGAAACCUGGCAUCCUCUUGAAAGCCACCGAGGGGAAGAUGUACAAGGUGAUCUGGGCUGGAUGGUGCUUGAUCUUCCUUUCCAAGUUCUUCUUUGUUGCAAGGGCAAAGUGGCUCAAGGACAAGUACGACGGACAGAAAAGUGCCAGCACCUCAAGCGAAUAA